AUGAACACUUUCAUAUCAACAACAUGUGAGAAAGGCGUAGCUUCACUCCAUGCUGGUGACGGUUGGUUGAGUCCCAUUCUUGAAUCUAUUCUGUUUGAAACACAGAUUGAUACGAGUAUUGACACAAAACCUUACGCUAAUAUAAAAGAAUUAAGUAUUAUGAACGACGAAGAUGAAGUGCUUUUUGCCAUAGGCACCAUAUUUCGAAUAAAAUCUGUCGAAAAAGCAACUGGGAGUGGAAUCUGGAGCGUCAAAUUGUUGCUGAACAGUGGAAGCGAUGAACAGUUGAAAGUUCUGAGUGAUCAGAUAAGAGAAGAAACUCAUGGCUCAUCUGAUUUAAACACGUUGGGAUAUCUAUUAAGAGAAAUGGGCGAAUACCCCAAAGCUGAACGGUAUUUCAGAAGAUUGAUAAAUGAUACGUUGCCUAAUGACCCUGUUAUGGGCACAUUUUACAGCAACAUUGGACUGGUUUACAAUGAUCAAGGCGAAUAUUCUCAGGCAUUGAAGUAUUAUGAGCAAGACUUUGGGACCGAACCAUCGAAGCGUUGCAACAAGGUAGAGCAACAUUGGUGCAGUGUACAAUGAUCAAGGCGAACAUUCUCAGGCAUACUAAAAACUGAAUCCACGACAGUUGCUCCGCGGACAAUUGGUCCCCUGCGACAGUUGCUUCCCUGAUCGUUGCUUCCGCGACAUUUGCUACCCAACGGCACUUGCUUUCUAACCACAUUUGCUCCUCAACAGUGUUGCUCUGUUUUUUUAUUUAUAUGAUGGUCCUCUUAUCGAUCUAUGCGUCCUGUUUUUUUCUUGUUCUGUAGCACUUAGUAUUGCUUUCUUCUUCUGUACGAGACUGUGUUAUUUGUCGUUGGGAAGCCGGCAUUGAAGAGUCCGAACAAGGAGAUUUAUAAAUCUCGCAGUGAUUUAUUUAAAUUUUUUAACAAAGGACUAUUAUUAAAAAAUUUUUGUCCAUUCUACAUUCAUCAUAAAGACUUGGUUCUUGCCCAAAUCGAUACAGAAAUGUGUAGGGAAUAUUUUCUACCAGAAAAUAUGCAAAAAUUUUUGUUCUCUCCUUCCUGUUAUUGACUAAUUAGUACUAAUUAACCUUAAUUUAGCCUACUUUGAAAUUGUCUCUUUUUGGUGUUAAAAUUAAAUUUUACAGUUUUUAAAGUUUUAAAAUUUCGUAUUUUUCAUUAUAAAAACCAAAAAACAAAAUUUCUGCGUCGAACUUCAUUCGGGAACAAUGAGAAAUAUUUCCCCUUAUACAAGUUAAUGUUCUGUAUCGAACUACGCUAGAAUCGACUUUUCAUAUCUAAAAAUGAACUUUUUAUUGAAAUUUUAAAAAUAAGGCAAAAAAUCCAAAAAAAUCUUAAAAAUUUUUUUAUCAAAAACUAUAAAUCCAGGAAGCGAAAGCUUUGUUGGGACAUAUACUUCGAGGUGUCUUCCACAAACUGGUGGAAAAAAACAGGUGGCGGGGGGAUGCCCCCAUUAACUAUUAACUUUUUCAAAACCAUUUCGGACUCUUCAAUGGGAGCAGGUAUUGUUGGGGAGCAAGAGUCGUUCGGGAACAAGUGUCGCGGGAGCCAUUAUCAGUGAAGCAACUGACAGGGGAGCAAGUGUCCGGGGAGCAACUGUCGUGUUACCCUAAAAACUAGGCAUACUGUUCGCUUCUAACCUAUUUCUCUAUCUUUCUUUCAUUUAGACUAGUCCAGACGUGGUCAGUAUAUAGCUUGGCAGAGUAGUCAGCGACACUACUACGGACAGUUUUCUUUUACUUAGCGGUUAAAAUUUUGGACUAGUAUCCAUACCAAAAUACAAGACAGUCAGCCACUUUUUGAAUAACUUUUGAUAGGAAUGAGAUAGAGACCUGCGAUUUUCGCUGUUCAAUAGCCAAGACUUGAGCAGAACGUUUCACAAGCGGAAGCAACUUUUGAAAAAAUUCCAGAGACUGGGUUUCCAGAGGAUCUUUGAAAAAAUCGGCUUCGUUCUCAGAAAACUAAAAUACAAUGUUAGUAACUUUUUUGCAUGCGUA